GAUUCCAUUGAUCUGUGGCCCAGUCCAACCCUCUAUGAUGUUGAGAUUCAGCAUACCUGCAAGAUUCAAAUCCCCACGCUUGACCGGGGGUCAUGCGCUGAUGUCACUCCGGACACUCCUGGCUGUCUUCGACACGCCAAUUCUGGACAUCCCAGUUCUCAACAGUCUCAGGCAAUACAACCUCGAUCAACUAUAGGCCAACCACAGAAGCAAGGCCCGGCCUCACCUGUUCAGCCCUCGGCUGUUACUUCUAACGCAUAUCCUCCAUCGCACUCCUUAGGCAACGGAGUCUUGCACCCUCAUAAUCCCUACGGACCAUCACCUUCAGAAUCAUCCUAUUACCCUCCAUAUUCAACAGCUUCAGCGUCAGCACAUUACCCUUCUAGUGGGCCACCUGACCUCAUGGCAUCUACCGCACAAAUGCAGAGACCUUAUCCUCCUAUCUAUCACACCCCUCAAUCAAGCUCACCAGCCUCGGUAGCUUCUCAAUCCCACGAACAACAUGGCCGUAACAUGUAUGCGCAGUCACCCCAGAUGCCACCGCAGAUGUUCGGUUACCCGUACUCUCCCAUGAACCCCGUUCAGCCGUCACCAUAUGCCGCCCACCAUUCUUCCCAGCAGCAUCCUCUCACCACACAAUCGUUGAUGAUGCCUCCUCAGAAAGCCCCAUCCCAGCUGCCACCACACCAAUCCCCCCACCUCCCAACGACGGGGAUGUCUAGCAGUCCCAUCAUGAAACUCGAUACCUCUCAGCACCCCGCCCCUUCCCAGCAAUCAAUGCUCAAUCCGCCUCUUGCAGCAGCAAACAAUAGCCACACAAUUUCCACCAACAACCCCCACGGAAGCCCACAAAUGGGCGGCACCACGUCCAGCGCAGCACCAGGUCCCAUCCCGGCAACAACGCCGCUGGUCGUGCGACAAGACAGCAAUGGCGUGCAGUGGAUUGCCUUUGAAUACUCCCGAGACCGAGUGAAGAUGGAAUACACGAUCCGGUGUGACGUGGAGUCCGUCAUAGUGGACACGCUCUCGCAAGAAUUUAAGACAGAGAACUGCGUCUACCCGCGCGCCUGUUGCAGUAAGGACCAAUACCGCGGGAACCGACUGGUCUACGAGACAGAAUGUAACGCUGUCGGCUGGGCGCUGGCAGAGCUGAAUCCCGCUCUGAGGGGCAAGCGAGGAUUGAUUCAGCGUGCCGUUGACAGCUGGCGAAAUAGCAAUCAGGACCCCAGACUGCGCAGCAGAAGGGUCCGUCGCAUGGCGAAGAUCAACAACCGAAGACAGUCGCAACCUGCUCCGACUCAUAUACCGCAGCAGGGUCCUGCUGGCCCAAGUUCUCUGCCUGCGCCGGGUAUGGCGGGUAAUAUCGCGGCUCCUACUCACCGUCCAAGUCUGGGUCCUAUGUCAAUGGCACCACCCCAGAUGCAUCAUCAUCACCAACCUGAGGGCAGUCCUAACGAUGAAGUCAGCGGCACAGACUACCCAGACACUCACCGAAAUGUUGACACACGCCUCCCACAACCCUCAAUCCCCGACCUCCGCCCCGCCCACAUUUUCCAGGACACACCAACAUCCCUUACCCCAGGCGGCAGCGCCAGCGGGCCCUCCAUGCCCCCGCUACUCCGCGACGACAACCUCUCCUCACUGAGCCGACACCCAACCAUAGCAACCUCAGCCCGCAUGGUCUCCUCCGACCACGACCUCGAGGAGCAAGGUCCAACAAACGACGACCUCUUCAGCCACCUCCCAGACGGGAAACGGCGCAAAUUCAUCCUCGUCGACGAUCCACAACGUGGCUGCCGCGUGCGUGUCAAAGUCGUCCUCGACAAAGUCAACAUGGACGAAAUCCCAGACUCAUACCGAGAGUCCAACGCCGUCUAUCCACACACCUAUUUCCCCAUCCAGAUGCGCGAUGAGAACCGCGUCGUGCCCGCAAAGCGCUUCUUCCGCGACGACGCAGAGCAGGGAGACGACCCUGAGGCGGCGACGGUCGGCCGUACAACGGUCCCUGCGCCUUCGCUGGACGCCGAUGCCGAUAUCGAGGUGCCCAAAAUUUCCCGCAGAAAACACCGUAAGGAUUUAUUGCUUAAUGACCUGGGCUACCGCAUGAGCUGGAGCCAGAGCCGUGUGUUUGCGGGUCGGAUGUUAUUUUUGCAGCGGUCAUUGGAUGCCUACCGCGAUAAAAUGCGGAGCAGCAUGCUCGCUGCAGGACAGGACGCUGGGGAUAUCCCCGAUCAUUUCGAUACUCGUCGUGGCAAGCGACGGUUCCUCGAGCGCGGUCGUCGUCUGGAAUCCACGGGGGAGACAGCUACACAGCGGACUGCCGAAGAGGUCGAAGUCUAG